AUGGCUGAAGUAGUCCUCUAUGUGUAUGACAUGAACAAAAGUGGUGGGCACGACGCUCACAACUUCGCCGUAGUCCAAAUGAACAAUCUCCUCAAAGAUGGCAUCAAUUUCGGCGGCCUCUUCCACACCGCCGUCCAAAUUUACGGCAACGACGAAUGGGCUUACGGCCACACCAACAAAGGCAGCGGCGUUUUCAGUUGCCCCGCUGGUAAAAACCCUAGCUACACCCUUCGCGAGAAAAUUAUACUCGGCAGAACACAGUGUUCUCCUUCAAAAGUAAACAAAAUUUUAAAGGAGCUCAUUGACUCGUGGCCUGGCAACAAGUACAACUUCGUGUCAAGAAACUCGAAGCAUUUCAGCAACGAGUUGUUAGAAAGACUUGGGGUCCCUAAGCUUCCCGGUUGGGUUAACAGGGUUAGUAACAUAGCAGAUGCUGCAAAGGAUGCAGCAGGUACUCUGCUUAAAGCUAAAGACGAAGCAUUAAAACUUGUAUGGAAUCCUAUUGAUUUCGCUUUCGGGAGUGGCUCUAAGAACAAAUCCAGUAGUACUAAAUCAGUAAAAGCUACUCCUUGUGAAUUUAAUAUAAUCAACAUCAACUAUUUCACUGAAAACUUCACAGUUUCAGCUCCUGUUGUACAAAAUGAAGAUGACGAUGAACAUGUCAACCACCAGCUGCCUGAAAUCAAAGCCAUUGAAGAGCCUCCUGCUAUCCAAAUAGUUGAAGAGCCAGAUGAAUAUGAUGAACCUGUUAUCCACAAAGAUGAUGAGAAGUCCCAUGUUAUAGAGAGCGACGACGAGAGUACUACUGUUGUCCGCAAAGAUGAGGAGCCUAGUACUGUUAUUCACACCGACGACAAGCGCGUGCCCAUGCAUGCCUGA